GUACAAAAUCCCGGAAAUGGCAGUUUUCAAACGGAGGUGAUCUCAGCAGGCAGGCAAGAGGUUCAGCUACACAGGCAGUCAUGUAAACAGUGUAGCCAGGGCCAGUAAGCUAGUGAAAGUGAAUUGACUCUUGACAGUUAUUUUAGCUGCGCAGAGGCUCGUUAGGAUUUAAGAUUCGCUUUGGCGAGGUGGUCAUUGACAUUUACCAGAUUUACUGCGCAGGGACGGAGACUGCAACAGCAGGCAGCUGUCAUGAACUUAAACAUUGCACCAACAACAACAGCAGCCGCCGCAGACAAAAAUAGAAACACUACAUGAGUGAGGACUUGCGAUAAUGUGAACUGGAGUGGUCAGGUUUCAGACAUGGCUGAGGAUGGCAAGAUGAGGCAGAUGGGGAUGUCAGCGACGGUCAGUCCAUCUCUGUCUUGCGUGCGGCAGAAGUACCAUAGCAGCAGGCAUUCCCAGGGCCUGCUGGAUGGUCUACUGGCGUUGAGGCAUGGUGGCAUCUUGUUCGACGUGGUGCUCCUCGUGGAGGGCAAGCCUAUUCAGGCCCAUCGCAUCCUCCUGGCCGCGUCCUGUGAUUAUUUCAGGGGGAUGUUUGCAGGGGGAUUGAGAGAGAUGCAGCAGACAGAGGUUUCAGUACACGGUGUGACUUACGUAGCUAUGACCAAACUACUGGACUUCAUCUAUACCUCUGAGCUGGAGUUAGACCUGGACAAUGUGCAGGAAGUGCUAUCAGCUGCCACCCUAUUGCAGGUUCAGGAGGUGAUCGGCUUCUGCUGUGAAUUCCUCUUCUCCUGGCUGGAUGACGACAACCUGCUGGAAGUGGAGAAGCUGGCCGACGUCUAUGGCCUGGACCAGCUGGCCGCCAAGGUGGACGGCUAUCUGCUGAAGAACAUCCGCAGCCUGUCACGCCUGCCGGUCUACCGGCAGCUGCCCCCGGACAAGGUGUUCAGCGUCCUGAGCAGCGACAACCUGGAGGUGGAGUCGGAGAAUGAGGUGUACGAGGCUGCGCUGCACUACCACUACACCCCCGAGCAGGUGGAGAAGGACCAGGUGUGCCUGCAGGACCCGAUGCGGAUGUUGGAGGCGGUGCGCUUCUGCCUGAUGGAGCGUGGCGUGCUGCAGCGGCUGUUCGGGCGGCUGCAUGAGGCGCGCCCGCUGCGCGAGGCUGUGUCGGCCGCCCUGCACUACCACAGCCAGGAGCUGUGGCAGCCGGUGAUGCAGAGCCCGCUCACGCAGCCGCGUUCCACCUUCCACUGCCUUCUGGCCUUCGGCGGCAUGUUCUCCUCGGGCGCGCUCGACGACAACGAGGAGCGCUUCCAGGUCUACCACCCGAGCUGGUCGGAGUGGCGCAGCCUGCCCGCUGAGCGGGCACCGCGCAUGUCCAACAUGGGCAUCGCCGUGCUCAACAACUUCAUCUACCUGGUGGGCGGCGACAGGAACACCAGCGGCUUCCGUGCCGAGACGCGCUGCUGGAGAUACGAUCCGCGGCACAACAACUGGUGCACCAUCGAGCCUCUGCAGCAGCAGCACGCCGACCACUGUGUCUGCGUCCUGGACGGCUACAUCUACGCCAUUGGGGGUCGCGACUAUAGCAACGAGUUGGACUGCGUGGAGCGCUACGACCCGCACCACAACACAUGGGAGCAUGUGACGCCGCUGAAACGCGAGGUGUAUGCCCAUGCCGGAGCAGUGCUUGAUGGGAAGAUUUACAUCGCCUGCGGGCGCAGGGGUUCGGUCUACCUGAAGGAGACUUACUGUUACGACCCAAGUGCCAACCACUGGGCGGCAUGUGCAGAGGGCCCUGUGGAGAGAGCCUGGCACGGGAUGGCAGCCCUCGACGGGCGGCUGUACGUCAUCGGCGGCAGCAACGACGGCUGUGGCUACAGGAGGGAUGUCUUCAAGGUGGCGUGCUACACCCCGCGCUCCGACUCCUGGUCAGUGGUGUGUCCGGUGCCUGCGGGGCAUGGCGAGCCGGGCCUGGCCGUGCUCGAUGGCCGCAUCUACAUCCUGGGCGGGCGCUCGCACAAUAAGGGCAGUCGCAUGAAGUACGUGCACGUGUACGACCCCCAGCUGGACUGCUGGAAGAGCGGCACGCCUCUGGAGGACCGCGUGUCCGGCCUGUCGGCCUGCGUGGCUCUGCUGCCCUACUCUGUCCUCAGCCAGGCCCGCAGCUGGGAGCAGCACGCCAAGGCUUCCUGGGUGGAGGUGGACUGGGACGACUCGGACAACUCCAGCGAGGACUGACCUCCAACACCUCCCCUGUGUCCACACACGCACACUGCCCCGCCCCCAUAACGAGCGGCUGGCGGUCAUGAGCGGUGGGUGGCCCAUGUUGUGACGUGGUGUGCUCAUCGGGGAGGUCAGUGGUUGUUGUGAUGUGACAUGAUGGAAAUGGAUGGUGCAGAGCAUUUCGCCAAGCUCCCAUCUUCGCACCAGAAGACUACAGCGGAAAAGACUGCAGCUUCAACAUUUUCUUCAGCAAAAAUGACAUUUUAAUCACUUCAGUUUGGGCCUUUGUCUGACACUUAACUUGUGAAUGAGAUUUUACAGAUGCAUCACAUCAUAAUCGCAGUUCUCACACUGGUACGCAUCACAGUUGUACACAUCGACAGAGUUUCGCAUGAAAGAAACGCUCAGCUUCCCGCCUCUCACUGCUGCAAUACACUGGGUGCUCUCAGCUCUUUAUUCUGCAGCCUCUAGUGUGAUCCUCCUUUUGAUUUAUUUUUCGACUGUGCUCAGAGUUUUUUUUAACCAUGCGGCUGCAUUCAGGGUUGGUCACGUCUGCUUCGUUCCCACACUGCGCUCCAUGUUGCUCUUUUGUCCAUCUCUGUGUCGCCCCCACACAUCUGCCGCUGAUUCCACUCUGAACUUACGGAGUCCCCGAAGGGAAAUGGUGGGAAUGUUGUUGUUUUUUAAGAUACUUUUGUGUUCCUUCGCAAUGGUUUUGCGUUCCUUUGUAAUAAGUUUUGCAUUGCCUUGCCAUACGUUUGCGUUCCCUCACAAUAGUUUUGCACUCCGUUGCAAAGUCAAAACUAUAGUGAAAGAAUGCAAACGUUAUUGCUAGGGGACACAUAUGUAUUGUGGGGGAAACACACAAGAAAUGAUCUCCAAUUUCCUGCUGUUGUAAAGAAACUAUUUCCUUCAUGGACAUCGUGGUCAAUACAGGUUCACCAAAGACCAGACGAGGGGAUUUCUUCAUUUUUUUAAUCAGUGGCUUUAUUAAGGCAGCUAAAACUGUGACUAAUGUUAUCCAAGAUUGCAAGUGUACGCUGGCAAUAACUGUGCACGUGAUUAUGAUUUUGGCUUUAUUACUUCAAGGCUUCGGAUUUUGACGGUCAUCGUUGUUGACCAUCUCCAAUACUGGUGUGUAUUCAUUAGGCAGCCUGGUCUGAGUAAGCUAAGUGGGAGGGCCUUCAAUGAAAAAAAAACGUGUGUGAUGUCUCAUAGGUUUGUGCGUUGUCAUAUAAGGCAGUGCUUCUCAAACUCAUGAUUUCUCAUAGGUGUGUGCAUCGUCAUAAAAAAACUCAUGAUUUCUCAUAGGUUUGUGUGUUGUCAUAUAAGGCAGUUCUUCUCAAACUCAUGAUUUCUCAUAGGUUUGUGCAUUGUCAUAUAAGGCAGUGAUUCUCAAACUAAUGAUUUCUCAUAGGUCUGUGCGUCGUCAUAAAAAAACUCAUGAUUUCUCAUAGGUUUGUGCGUUGUCAUAUAAGCAGUGCUUCUCAAACUUCCCCUCACCUCAAGAAUAAUCUGGUAGGUGUAUUUUUUCACACAAUCUGGCAACCCUCAGAAAUUCGCAACCCACUGAUAUAAGGUACUUACAGAUGUAUGUUUUCCAUGUUUCUGAAUUUAUUAGAGCAAAUUUUUAAGUGGUUCAAAAUUUAGAUGGACUUUACAGUGGACUAUACAGUUUACUGAUGCUUAGCUAAGGAUAGACUGCCUAGUGUGAGCAGCAACACUGUUUGGAAUGCAAUGGAAAUUAGAGUUAAUGGGUGAAAAGUGAUGGUUUCAUGUAUAAUGUUAUUUUUUCACACAAUCUGGCAACCCCUAGAAAUGAUCUGGUUGCCCUCGUGUUGAGAAGCACUGAUAUAAAUUACUUACAUGUGUUUAAUAAUGUUACUUAUGUGUUGUUAAUGUUACUUACAUGUGUUUGUUUUCCAUGUUUCUGAAUUCAUUAGAGCUGUGAAGUUUUGAAGUGGUUGCAUGUAAAAGAUGUCUUUGCCAAAGAAUGUAGUGAGGAUGCCACAAAGAUUAGUGACAGAACCGUGGUCAUGUGUGAUGUGGUUUGAUGUAGGUGUGUAAUGGUCAGUUAUUCAAGUUGUUUUUAGUCAUUUUUGUGUUUUUGUUCAGUUGCUUUUGCUAAAGAGGUUUUCUGAGAAGUUGUGUAUUGGGAGAGCACUUUGCUUAUCUUACAAUACAAUGCCAUGUACCAAUUUGGUCACUAGAGGGAGUUGGCAUCACUAGAGAGAACUUCAGUUGGAAAACAUACUCUGCACAUCAUUUUUUUUAAUUUACAGUGCUUUCUGUUCACUGUUGCAAUUAAUUAUGGGCUACUGCUCCAAUAAAAUGGGCACACAUUUACACACUUUAAAAUAACAUACAUAAACAAGCAGAUUAGGACAUUUAUGGGUUUUUUUUGUUGUUUUUGUUUUGUUGUUUUUUUGCUCCAUUGUGCCUUGUUUAUUCUCCUUCCCUGCACAUGCAUCACUGGAGCUUAAUUCCUGUAAUGUGCCUCAUUCUUCACUUCAACCCUUUAGAUGGAAAAGAAGAUGGACACAUGUUGACCAUCUAUGCUUUAUGAGACAAAGUGCAAUUACACUGAAGUUCAUCAUUGCCAUGCAAAAAUCAACAGCCAGCUCACUCAUGUUCUUUGCCAUCUGUGUUUAUGUCUGUGUUAAGACACAUUGAUGUUCACUGUCAAUAGACUGACAUUUAAAGAGCUGUAUAAUGUGAAUUAAACACCUGUACUGGUUUUAUCUUUAUGUAA